AUGCAGCCGCAGCGCCCACAGCCCGAGGACUACUCCUUGAAAGAGACAACGCCUCACCUUGGGGGUUUUAUGGCAGCAGGUGACAAGCGAACUAGCACAUAUGACCUUGUGGAGCAGAUGCAGUAUCUCUAUGUGCGUGUUGUCAAGGCCAAAGAUCUCUCUGCCAAAGAUGCGACUGGGAGCUGUGACCCGUAUGUGGAGAUCAAGCUUGGUAAUUACAAGGGAACCACCCGUUACUUCGAGAAGAAUGCUAACCCAGAGUGGAAUCAGGUCUUUGCCUUUCCCAAGGAACGCAUCCAAUCCUCCUAUGUCGAGGUCGUUGUCAAAGACAAGGACUUUGGUAAGGAUGAUUUCAUUGGGCGAGUUGUGUUUGACCUCAAUGAAGUUCCAAAGAGAGUUCCGCCUGACAGCCCGUUGGCACCAGAGUGGUACCGUCUUGAGGGUCGCAAGGAGGGAAAGGUAGGGGAGCUCAUGUUGGCUGUCUGGAUGGGUUCGCAAGCAGACGAAGCUUUUCCUGAAGCAUGGCAUUCUGAUGCUGCAACUGUCCCUAGUGAUGGUCUUGCAAGCAUAAGGUCUAAGGUGUAUUUAACUCCUAAACUUUGGUAUCUCAGGGUAAAUGUUAUUGAGGCACAAGACCUGAUACCAAGUGACAAGAACCGAAAUCCUGAAGUUUAUGUGAAAGCUACACUAGGGAAUCAGGUCUUGAGGACAAGGAUAUGGGCAAACAAGAAUGCUAAUCCCAUGUGGAAUGAGGAUUUGAUGUUUGUGGCAGCUGAACCAUUUGAGGACCACUUGACUCUGAGCGUUGAGGACCGGAUUGCACAGAACAAGGAUGAGGUAUUAGGAAAAGCAAUUAUUCCACUGCAGAAUGUAGACAGGCGGCUUGACCACAGGCCAGUACACAGCCGAUGGUGUAAUCUUGAGAAGCAUGUGUCUGGAGAUGGGGAACAGAAGAAAAAAGAUGCCAAGUUCUCUAGUCGUAUUCAUGUCAGGAUUUCUCUGGAUGGUGGGUAUCAUGUUCUGGACGAGUCAACGCAUUACAGUAGUGAUCUGAGGGCCACUGCAAAACAGUUGUGGAAGCCUAGGGUUGGGGUUCUUGAGCUAGGAAUCUUGAAUGCUCAGGGUUUACUGCCAAUGAAGACAAAGGAUGGGCGUGGCACCACGGAUUCUUAUUGUGUUGCAAAGUAUGGGCACAAAUGGGUUAGAACAAGGACUAUCAUUGACAGUUUCAACCCAAAAUGGAAUGAGCAAUACACUUGGGAUGUGUAUGAUCCAUGCACUGUUAUAACAAUUGGUGUGUUUGAUAACUGUCACUUGCAAGGAGAGAAGGCAAAGGGUAACAAUGAUGGUAGAAUUGGCAAGGUAAGGAUCCGCCUGUCUACUCUUGAGGCUGGUAGGGUCUACACCCACUCUUACCCUCUUAUCAUUUUGCUUCCUACGGGGGUGAAGAAGAUGGGUGAAGUGCAGCUUGCUGUGCGGUUCACAUGCUCCUCGCUAGUAAACAUGAUGCAGAUGUACUCUCAGCCGCUGCUGCCAAAGAUGCACUAUAUUUACCCUCUGUCUGUCACACAGCUUGACAAUCUGAGGCUCCAGGCUACUCAGAUGGUCUCGAUGAGAUUAAGCCGUGCCGAGCCACCUCUCAGGAAGGAAGUUGUUGAGUACAUGUUGGAUGUGGAUUCUCACAUGUGGAGCAUGAGGAAGAGCAAGGCAAACUUCUUCAGGAUUAUGAAACUAUUGGCUCCCCUGGUUGGUGCUGCUAAGUGGUCUGGUCAGAUUUGCGAAUGGAAGAACCCACUGACAACUGUGCUCAUUCAUGUCCUCUUCAUCAUCUUGGUGCUGUAUCCAGAGCUGAUCCUUCCAACAAUAUUCCUUUACCUGUUCUUGAUAGGGAUCUGGUACUACCGGUGGAGGCCGAGGCAGCCACCUCACAUGGACACCCGUCUUUCACAUGCAGAAACUUCCCACCCUGAUGAACUUGAUGAGGAGAGCAUUGCUGGCAGGGUACAGACACUUGUUGGUGACCUGGCAACACAAGGUGAGAGACUGCAGUCCCUGCUGAGCUGGCGCGAUCCAAGGGCUACUGCCAUCUUUGUGACCUUCUGCUUGAUCGCCGCUGUCGUGCUGUACCUGACGCCGUUCCGCAUAGUCGCGUUCUUUGCUGGGCUGUAUUUGCUGAGGCACCCUAGGUUCCGCCACAGGCUUCCAUCUGUUCCCCUCAACUUCUUCAGGAGGUUGCCGGCGAGAACUGACAGCAUGCUGUGA